UUUCUGCCAAUGACAGCAAGUUGUCAGUUUUCCCCUGACCACUCCUAGCGAAAUUGUUGCUUGAGAAAUUGCUAUUUUUGUUUAUUUCUGACCAUUUUAAUUGAAAACAGUCACAGUAAGGUACUUAAUUGUUACCCAGAAAUGAUUUGAUAUUGAGAUAAAAACGGCUGCAUUGGAGCUUUAAAAAUAUAAUGAUGUGCGCAUGUCUUAUUUGCCAAGCAACGAUUGUUCCGACUGGUUUAUCUGUGGUUUGCGUAGCUAGCCAGUUUGAGUUUGUUGGAAUGCAAUGAUUUGUAAACUAGCAUAGCUCAAUAUAUUUCCGCAUCUAAAGAUUUAUAGCUUCGCAAGGUUUGCCAAAAUGCUUUUAAACAAUUUGCUUGAGUGUUUGCCGCCUGACCUCGAAUCAGUCUUGUAAAAAUGGGUCAUUUUAAUAAUCCAAGCUAGCUAACUUUAGCUACAUCUUGUAAAUUGAAGAUGUUUUGCUAGCUAGCUAACAUAGUUAGGUUUGAUCGCUACAAUUUAUUGAUAGGGUAACUGCAGGGUGUCCUGUAGUUUGGCAAAGUGUUAAAACGUGUUUUGUCCAUCUGACUUAGCUUCUUAGCCUAGCUUGUUACGUUAGCCGAAUUAGCUAGCAUCAGCUUUUUCUGUCGUUUACUGAAUUUGACGUAUCGCUACUAGCUGUAAGAUAUGGCCACUGCCUCUAGCUCCUGUGUGGGGAUAAAUGGGUCUAGAAAUGGACCCUCUAUCUCUACACCGACAUUGGUAGCAUCUGGACAAUCUCAGCCCAUGGUCGUUGUAUGGGAAUGGCAGGAUGAUCUUGGCUUCUGGCGACCAUAUAGCGGCCAGGUGAGCGGCUAUAUCGAACAAUACUUCUCCUCUCCGCGGGGACACAGAGGUGGGGGUCCUGGCUCCACCAGCAUCAGCCUAGGACAAUCAGAUCCCAGCUUGUCGCCUUAUCUCAUAGACAUACCAAGCUUGAACCAGUUCCGCCAAGAUACAGGGAAAACGCGGUCUGUACGCCGUCAAUUGUUUGCCCAGUCCUCAGGCUUGGGUAGCGGAGUAUAUUGGGAGUGGGCAAAUGACGAAGGAGGAUGGACUCCAUACGAGACUCGCACUUCUAUUCUACUAGAACACAGCUACCUGGCACGGCAGGCCACGGCGGAUAUGGCUUCACACGGCUAUAACUACAUAGUGGACCUCACAGCGCUGGCCCAGGUCAACAAGGCCACGGGCUUCAGGCGGCAGGUCCGACGGCAGGGUAACUUUCCCUACCCACUGGCGUCUGGCGCCUCCGUCAUCCACUCGGGCCCUGCCUGCUCCUGCCACCAGUGUCUGAGCCACAGCUGCACUGGCCCCAUGCCCAGCCGCUCACGCCAUUCCUUCUCCUCUGGGCAGCUGAGCCGGCCCAGCUUCCAGGGCCCCAGCAGGGCGGCUGGAGCUCACCCCACCUCAGUGUACUCGCCCUACCCCAGGAGGCCUCUUUCUGUGGGGGGCAUGGCGUGGGGUGGUCCCUGGCCCCCGACACCCUCCGCUAGUCAGUUCCCUGGACCUCCACUGUCUUACCCUACCAGUGCUAAUGGCUUAAGUGUCCCUGCCAUCCCUCUGCAACGGAAUGGAUCCACCAGUGUGAGCUCAGCCCUUGCAGGCAUGGCCUCCAUUUUGAUGUCAGCAGUGGGACUCGGUGUGUGCUUCACGAGUGCCCCCCUCCCGCACCCCUCCUCCGCUCCUCCUCCCCCCAGCAGCACCAGCAGGCCCGCAGGCUCCAAAACUCACAGCAGCAGCUCGGUUAGGAGGGCAAAGAGGCAGCACAGGACAGCCCCAGCACAGAAACCAGAGGAUGUCAUUCACCGCUACAUGGAGGAAGUGGCCUCUGCUCAAGACGAGGACUGCAUCAUCUGUAUGGACCGGCUGUCGUGUCCGUCGGAUUACGCCGUGGCGUCCGAGGGAGCACAAUCCAUCCCACCCGGCGCUGUGGGAAAGUUCACCAAGUGUGGACACACCUUGCACAUGCUCUGCAUGCUUGCCAUGUACAACAAUGGAACCAAGGACGGCAGCCUCCAGUGCCCGUCAUGCAAGACAAUCUAUGGGGAGAAGACGGGGACCCAGCCCAAGGGCAAGAUGGAGAUCUAUAGUAUCGCACAGUCCCUCCCCGGCCACCCAGACUGUGGAACUAUCCAGAUAAUUUACAGCAUCCCCACUGGGAUACAGGGUCCAGAGCACCCUAACCCGGGGCAGCCAUACACCUGUAGAGGCUUCCCUCGCUUCUGCUUCCUCCCAGACAACGACAAGGGCAGAAAGGUGCUUGAGCUGCUGAAGGUAGCGUGGACGCGACGCCUCAUCUUCACAGUGGGCACGUCUAGCACCACGGGCGAGCCCGACACGGUGGUGUGGAAUGAGAUCCACCACAAGACUGAGAUGAUGUCCAACGUGUCAGGCCACGGCUACCCGGACCCCAACUAUCUGGAAAAUGUGCUGUCCGAGCUGUCCUCUCAGGGGGUGACCGACCACUGCCUGGUCAAACAGGAGGGCCCCAGCCAGGGAGGAGCGUCAAACUCUGGACUGUGAAACUGACCCUGAAUCAUUUUCCUCGUAAUGUCACUACUUCAACAUAGAGAACAUAUUCACAUUCCCACUUGGAUGUUUUUUGUUGUUGAUCUUAUUAAAUAUUAAAUGCGAAGCAGAUGGUAUGUCAAAGUGCAGUGUGCAGAAUACUGCACAUACUGAUAAUGUGGGGUUUGUCGUGGACUUUAUUUGCUGUAGUAGCGCUCCACCAGCUCUUGGUUUAGUCACCUGUUCCCUAUAAAGUAAACCACUUUUGACCAGGGCCCAUAGGGUUCUGGUCAAAAGUACUGCACUACAUAGGAAAUAGGGUGCCAUUUUAGACACAACCCUUCUCUUGAAAAAAGUAUUGUGCUUUUUUUUUUUGGAGCAGCCUGAUGUUUCGCACCUCUUUUGGCAUGCUCCAUGAAAGGUGGCAGCUCUUGCGUGGGAACACCGACGUCGGUAGCACUUUAGUUUUGACAGUGCAUUUAAUUAACACUUAUAGUAAUUACCAGGUUAAUAUCUGUGAUUGUUUUUCAAAUUGGUAAAUUAUGCAAAUACUUUAGUGAUAUUUCUGUUGAAAAGCAAUGUAGGCCUACUUAGGCAAAUCACUGUAUACACAGACACAUUAAAUACUAUACAAAAUGGUAGCAAA